ACAAUCUUUGCUAUUGUUAUUGUGGCUGGGCUCUUCCUGAAAUCACAAUAAUCUAAACUGUCCUAAGAGUGGGAAACAGUAAUGAUGAAAAGGGAUUUAUCAACGAUCUUGGCUGCACAACGUUUUCACAGGAAAUGGAAGACGAGAUUCCUGCCCUUGUUUUUGACAACGGCUCCGGCCUGUGCAGGGCCGGCUUUGCUGGAGAUGACGCCCCCCGCGCCGUCUUCCCAUCAAUGGUUGGCUGCCUCAGACACAAGCUGGAUGCAGGAGUUGUGCAGGAGAACCACUACGUGGGAGACAAUGCUCAGAGCAUGAGAAGUAUCCUGAACCUGACGUACCCCAUCAAGCACGGCAUAGUCACCAACUGGGAUGACAUGGAGAAGAUAUGGCAUCACACCUACAAUGAGCUCUGUGUUGCUCCUGAGGAGCAUCCAGUCCUGCUGACCGACGCUCCACUAAACCCCAAGGAUAACAGGGAGAUGAUGGCACAGAUUAUGUUCGAGAAAUUCAAGUGUCCUGCCAUGUAUGUUGCCUCCCAGGCAGUCCUGUCACUGUUCUUCUCUGGUAGAACCACAGGUAUUGUGAUGGGCUCUGGUGAGGGUGUCAGCUACACUGUGCCCAUCUACGAGGGUUACGCUCUGCGUCACAACAGUCUCCGUCUGGACCUGGCUGGCAGAGAUCAGACUGACUGUCUGAAACAAAGUCUCACAGAGAGAGGCUACAGCUUCACCAGCACUGCUGAGCGUGAGAUUGUGCGUGACAUUAAGGAGAAGCUCUGCUACGUGGCUCUGGACUUCGAGAAGGAGAUGCAGAAGCCAUCUUCCACCCUGGAGAAGAGUUACGAGCUUCCUGAUGGACAGGUCAUCACCAUCGGCAGCGAGAGGUUCAGCUGCCCCGAGACUCUCUUCCAGCCUUCAUUAGUCGGAAUGGAUGGAAUGGCUGGCAUCCACGAGAUGACCCACAACAGCCUCAUGAAGUGCGUAGAGGACAUCCAUAAGGACCUGUACGCACAGGCUGUGCUGUCCGGCGGCACCACCCUCUGCCCUGGCUUCGCUGACCGCAUCCAGAAGGAGAUCACUGCUCUGGCCCCACUCAACAUGGAAAUCAAGAUCAUCGCUCCCCCUGAGAGGAAGUACUCCGUCUGGAUCGGCGGCUCCAUCCUGGGCUCCCUCUCCACUUUCCAGCAGAUGUGGAUCAGCAAGCAGGAGUACGAUGAGUCCGGCCCCUCCAUCGUCCACCGCAAGUGUCUUUAGAAAGCCAGCAUGACGCCUGAGAAGAAGACUGCAGGAAAGCCUCAGAGCCUGGGAAAAAACACCUUCAACUCCAUGUAUUUUUGUUUAAUCAUAUGCUCCUAAACGAUGCUGGUAGUAAAGGAUAAUAAAAUUAUAAAUUCCAUUAGUGUAAUACUGUAAUGUGCGUACAAUUUAUAAUUGUAUAAGACUAAGCCUAAUAACCAGUUCUAAUGAUCUGGCUAGUGAAAAAAUGGUUAACGAUUUCAAAGAUUAGUAAAAGCUGCAGAAUAUGCUAUUCCAGAAAGAUAAUUCAUGAAGCUAUAGUGUCUCUUAAAUUUUGUUCACCCCAUUUAUAUCAGUUUCUGUUGACAACAUAUUAGAAAAAUCUUUCAAGGUAAUGCAAAAACCACCAACACUACAAACUGUAAACUGUUACUUGAAAAGACUUCCUUAAAGGUAGCAGCUUUUGAAGGGUUCCUGCAGAGAAACUCCCACCCCCCUCCCUGAUAAACCCUGAUAAAAUAUCAUUAUGUUACUCAUUAUCAAGCUAGCAUGUUAAUAAUGGGGAGGUUAAUUCAGUAACGAGCUGGCUAGCGAACUGUUAGCAACAGAUAGCUGUGGUAGCAUUCGGCAAAGCUAAAAAAACGUUCAUACAUAUUUUUCCGUUACCAUCACGUUGUUUCACAUGUAAGAGCUUCCACGAUGACAGCAUUGUUGUCUCUGAUGAGGACUGCACUACAGAGCCAUGCACAGACCUGGGACCGGACCAGGGUCGAGGUGAAGCAGAGGAGGGAGGGCUGCCAGGGUUAGAGGUAAAUUAUUUUAUUAAAUUGGUGCAGAAAAAAUGUUUGAAAAAUUGACAGGUGAAAACAUGAAAUAUUUCUUUAAAGAACCUAGAAACAUCCCUGGAUUUCAGUCAGGAUGCUUUCUAAUGCUUCUCUUUAAAAACUGAACUUGGCAUGGGAAUUUGGCCUUCUUAAACUUCGUCAAGAAAUAUAUAUAUAUGUCAUUUCUGAGCUUUCUUCACCAGUGUGGGGAUGUGAGAUGACCAUAUAAGUUUCUCUGCAAUGCUGAUUCCCAGGAACAUGAAACUGUUCACCUGCUCCUUCUCAGCUCCACUGAUGUAGACAGGAGUGUGUGUCUUUAUUUCCUACUUCCUGAAAUCAAUAAUCAGCUCCGUGGUUUUGGUGGCGUUGAACAAUAGGUCGUUCUCUGUGUACUGCACUUGGUUAUCAACCAAACCUGUGAGCUCUGUUCUGUUUCAUCACUUGAUAUUCACAUUGUAUUAACAACAGUCCACACUGAACUACAGGGAAACACUUUAUUCACAUUUUAGAAGCACAAACAAAGAAAGCAAAGAUCAAAUACAGAACAUGGGAUUAAAGAUUCAUCGUGAUGUCACCAGUUAUAAAUCGUCCAUUUUAUCUGACACUCACACGUUUGUUGACUUCUUACUACACUGUAUCUACCGUAUACUAUACACUUUACAGAAAACUACAUAAAGGAGGAGAUGCAUUAGAUCUUAACAAUUAUAGACCCAUAUCUAUUAUAUGUUCUAUUGCCAAAGUGUUUGAAAAAUGUAUUUAUAAUCAACUCUCACAUUACCUUAGUGCCAACAAUAUCUUAUCACCAUUUCAGUCUGGCUUUAGGUCUAACCGCUCUACAUCUACCGCCCUUCUUAAAUUCAUGGUGUGUUCUCUGCUGCAGAUAAUGGUGAACUUACAGGUGCACUAUUUAUUGACUAGACUAAAGCUUUUGACUUUGUUGAUCACUAUUUACUUUUAGAUAAACUCCAUCCUUUUUGAAAAUGCAGUCCUGUGGUUUAGUUCAUAUCUAAUAGAAAGCAAUGUGUCAUCCCACAUGGGAAUAAAUCUAAUUUGUUGAUUCAACAGAGAGGUGUGCCCCAGGGCUCAACUUUGGGACCACUUGUUUUUUUUAUCUACGUUAAUAACUUACCAUCAAUUUUCAAUAACUGUUGUGCUCAACUUUAUGCCGAUGACACUGUCUUAUAUACAUCUAAACCUGAUCUUUCACAAAUCCAAGCGUCUUCAGUAUGAUUUCAAAAUCUUACAAGAUUGGCAUUUUUACAAUAAACUAUUGUUAACAAAACAAAAUAAUUUCUUAUGAUUUUUGGUACCAGACAGAAUCUCAAAUCCAAACCCGAUUAUUGUAUUAUAACUUGUUCUGACUGUACUCUUCUGCUUAAAGUUAUAAAAAGUUAUUCUUUUUUGACUAUUGUGAUGAAAAACUUAACAAUAUGUGCAGAUUUGUCCUUAGAUGUCC